AUGGCCGAAAUAUUGACUAAGGUUACUGGAAGACAAUUUAAACUUCGUACCCCCAGUCGUGAAGAAACGAAAAAAGAAUUUCCUGCCUUGAGCAGUGAUGAAUUAUUAGAUAUGAGCCGUUGGUUUAAUGAAUACGGUACUUUACGCUCUGACGAGGAACUCAAAGACAUUUCCAUUGCUAAAACAUUAUAUCCAAAUAUUGCUACUUUUGAACAAUAUGCGUACAAAAACUGGAAUUUUGAUCUGUUAACGUUAAAAUUAACAUUAGACUUGAUUGAUUUUUUAUGUUACAUAAUGAUGCAGAUGAUCAUCAUGUGCGGGAAAAAAAAUCUUAAGAGUUCUCUUCAA